AUGAGAAAUCAGUUUGAAAUGGAUGAAAGAGCACCAUUAAAAAGAAUGCUUUGUCUAGUGAGACCGUUUCGUCUGAGGAGCAUUGCUGGCGCGUGCGGUUGCACUUUCCCACCUUAUAAAGCAGCCUUAAUUCUCCGGACUAUAUCAAGGUUCCUGCGAACCGACUCGCAUGGAUCUCUCACGUGGCGCAAUGCCGCAUCCGCUGAGGCCUUCGCGUUAUCGGAGGAGUCUCUCUAUAAUAAAGCGCUAGAGAUGACUCAUGCAUGGUAA